CUCUGACGUGGAAAUGUAUGCCUGCUGUUCCACAGCCUACCGUCUGGAAAGCAGGAAGUUUACUGUCUAGUAUAGCGACAGUAAUCGAGUCGUGCAUUCUCAGCUUGAAAACUUUAUUAUGUAGAAAUUAUGGGGACACAACGUAUGAAUAAAACAAAUCAUUUUAUCAACCCCUAAAAGGAUAUGUUAGGCGUCUUCGGCGAACUUUCCAUACACCUGAAAAGCGAGAGAAAAGAUGGCGAAUUCUCUGAUGGCGAAGAAUACCACAUACCUGGCAGAUUUCUGGGACGACUCUUACAAGACUCAGCUACUGGGAAUAGUGAUAGCUAUAGCAGGGAACUUUCUAAUCAGUAUUUCGUUAAAUCUACAGAAAUACACACAUGUGCGACUGUCUCAGCAGAAUGACCCAGAGCCAUAUUACAAAAGUGUUCUGUGGUGGAGUGCCAUCACCCUGAUGGGGAUUGGUGAGCUGGGGAACUUCGCUGCCUAUGGCUUUGCCCCAGCUAUGCUUGUCGCUCCUCUGGGGUGUGUGUCUGUUAUAGCCAGUGCAGUUAUUUCCGUAGCAUUUCUUAAAGAGACCUUGCGGGCUUCUGAUUUACUUGGUGGAGCCCUUGCAAUCUCAGGAACAUACCUUCUUGUCACCUUUGCCCCUAACAUUUCACAGAAUAUAACUGCUUUUAAAAUUCAGAAAUAUUUAGUAAGCUGGCAGUUUCUAGUUUAUCUGUUCUUUGAAAUAAUAGUUUUUUGCAUCCUACUCUACCUGUACAAGAAGAAGGAUCUGAAGCACAUUGUAGUCGUGCUAAUGCUGGUGGCUUUGCUUGCUUCUCUGACAGUCAUUUCUGUGAAGGCAGUGGCUGGGAUGAUAACUGAAUCGGUGAAAGGCAUCCUGCAGCUUACCUACCCCAUAUUCUAUGUGAUGCUGAUUAUAAUGGUCGCCUCCUGCGCCUUUCAAGUCAAAUUCUUGAACCAAGCUAUGGAACUUUUCGAUGCUACAGAAGUGGUUCCAAUCAACUUUGUGUUCUUUACAGCUAGUGCAAUUAUUGCAGGGGUGAUAUUUUAUCAGGAGUUUUAUGGUGUAGCCUUGCUGAAUAUCUUCAUGUUCCUCUUUGGGAUCCUGCUGUCUUUUUUUGGAGUUUUUUUAAUUGCUAGAAACAGGGAAAGAAAAAAGUCUGAGGUUCCUUUUAUUGACAUUGACCAAGUUCCAGGACAACAAUCAAUAGAUAAAAUACAGCCAGAUGCAAGCAGCAUAUCUUAUGGAUCUCUGGAUGCUGAAGCAAAGCCUCUAGGCAACAAAGAUGGAGAACUCAAAGAGCCUGCAUUGAAUCUAUCCUCUCUCAAACCCUGAGUGCUGCACAGAUGUAUCUGAAGAAAACUGUGUUGAAGUUCAUAUCCUGUGUAUGCACAGAAUGCCAUGAAACAGAGAGGAUGGUAUCCUACAUGCUUUCUCCCCUGAUGCACUGAAAGAAUACAAUGCCAAUGCUGAUGCCAAUCUUUUUAAAAUGCAAAGUUGCUUGGGAAAAUAAUUGUUAUAUUAUUAUCCAUCACUAUAACAAUGUGUGGCUAAUGUUUACAAUAUUUGCCUGUAUUGUAAAAUAAAAUAAACAUGAAUGUAUUUUAUAGGUUCAAAGGGAA